AUGUCAAGAAUCAAGUCUCCCUUCUUGAACAGGAGAUUACCACUCACAGUCACAUCUGUAUAUUUCUCCCAAAAUUCCAUUUACAGGUAUUAUGAGGUCUAUAAGGAGAGGUUUGAUGAUGCAAAGAAGCAUGCACUCAAAUGCCUCGACAAUUGUCUUGUCGAGGUCAUUUGUCACUUCUUCAAUUGCUCAUGGCAUUUUAUAGAUGCAUAUUGCAGAGGAUUGACUAGGAAGGUGGUGGAAUAA